UGCCCAUGUUUUAUUGCAACCGAGUGAAUCAUAGUGAGCCAGUCUCAAGUGAUGGAGAAGUUCGACAUAUGGUUCUAAGAAAUUUCAACUGUCAUCGACGUCUUAUCAAGACAUUUGACAGAGAAAACUCCAUUGUUCGACAUGUUGGGGAAUUUCAUGAAGGAGCUACAUUGAUGUUCGGGUCGUGGGAGCAAAUGAUCAGAAAUCUCUUGUCCAGGAAGACAGCAGAUUUUUUUGGAAUUACAUGUUUGUCAUGUGUAUUUUUCUAUUUCUUUGUAUUCUCAUCUUGGUCUGGGAUGGUUAGCAUAGCCAGCGGACUUCUCAUCCCUCAAUUAGCAAUCGGUGCGCUAUAUGGAAGAUUGUUAGGAAAAUGUAUUCAUGACAUUUUUGGAGGGUAUAUGGGUCCAGACGAUGACAACGCAGAGUCUGAAUGGGAUUUUUCGGACCCAGGAGGCCUUGCUGUGCUGGGUGCCGCUUCAUUUUUUGCUGGAACAUCAAGGCAACCAAUAACGUCCGUGAUAAUAAUUGCUGAAAUGACGAAUGACAUAAAUAUGUCGCUCUUGGUAAUGGUCUCGGUAAUGUUAGCAAAAUUCGUCGGAGAUAGAUUCACGCAUUCCUUGGUUCACUCAUUGCUCGAAUUCAAAUGCAUCCCAAUUCUUGAACCUGAGUUGAAAAUUUAUCAUAAUAAUAUGCGAGUGGACUUGGAACUUUUUCCCGUUUCCCUAAUGAUGUCUCCGCCAAUAACAACAUUAUUGCGCUCAUCAGUAUUCACUUUGGCGAAUUUACUGCUUGACACAAAUCAUGGAGCAUUUCCAGUGGUGAAACCGAUACCUAGUGAUCCAAAUAAGAAGUGCGUGUUCAUGGGGUUAAUUUCCAGAAUGGAGCUUACGAUUCUCCUGACAAAAACUGAAGGGUUUGAUGUUAACGAGUUGAAUAGAGAUGACAUUGACAGAAUUAGAAUAACUUAUCCCGAGUACACAUCCACCAAACUUAAAGAUUGCGCAGUAACAAACAAGAUUUUGCAAAUGUACAGCACCGACCAACGCUAUCAACAAGUAUUUGUAAAUUUGUAUCCGUACAUUAACUUAUCGUAUCUCAGUGUGGCGAACACUUUUUCUUUGCACCGUGCCUACGUCGUGUUUAGAGAUCUUGGCCUUCGACACUUGGUAGUUGUUGACGAGUAUAACGAAGUACAGGGAAUCGUUACAAGAAAAGACUUGCUUGGAUUCGCUGUGGAAGAAAAAGUCAAAGAUGAAAUUCUUCGAAUCAAGCAGUACAACAUUAUCAGGCGUCACAAGGCUUCUUUUAGAACACAGGCACGAGUUAUAGGAGCAUUCGUGUCAAAAUAUAAGUCAAUCAUAAAAAAGAAGGUGUCUCCUUUAUGAGGUGAGCAUGGAAUAGUUAACGUAAUCAAGGUUAAAACAAAUUAAAAUUGAUUUACGGGAUGUUUUAUAUGCAAUAAAUUCAAGAAGGAGAAAAUUA